GUCGUCCCCAUCCUACAUAUCGUCCUUAUUCAUCUGUCCACACCUCACUUCCCAUGUUUUGAUUAUUUAUUUGUUUUAGUUUUUACUAAUAUUUUUAAUUCAAAAUAAUUUAUUAGCAAAGGAAGAAACCCAAUUUACUAUUAUUAGAAAACCCACUACAAAUGUUACUAUAAAGUUCUGCAAUUUCCAGCACCACAGAAAAAUUGGCUCAAAGGGUUGUCUUCUUUUUGUUCAUUUAUCUCAAAGAUUAUUGCUUUUUGUUGAUUUGGAUCCAAAAAGUUAGAGUUUUGAUUGGAUUGGAUGGCUCUCAAUUUGUUAUCUCCAGCUGAAAUCAAAGCCAUCUCUUUCUUGGAUUCCGCCAAGUCCAGCUGCCACCUCCCCAAGCUUCCAGGGGGGUUUGCUUUGAGGAGGAGAGAUUGCGGAACUGUAAUUGGGAGAAGAGUUCAAUGCUCAGCUGCACAGACACCUCCUCCAGCUUGGCCUGGACGUGCUGCGGUGGAGACAAGCCGCAGGACUUGGGACGGUCCCAAGCCUAUUUCGAUCGUUGGAUCUACCGGUUCCAUUGGAACCCAGACAUUAGACAUAGUGGCGGAGAACCCAGAUAAAUUCAGAAUUGUGGCGCUGGCAGCUGGUUCAAAUGUAACUCUUCUUGUGGAUCAGGUGAGGAGAUUCAAGCCCCAACUUGUUGCUGUUAGAAAUGAGUCAUUAGUUAAUGAACUUAAAGAGGCCUUGGCUGAUUUAGAUGAAAAGCCCGAGAUUAUUCCGGGCGAGCAAGGAGUUGUUGAGGUUGCCCGCCACCCAGAUGCAGUCACAGUAGUUACAGGAAUUGUAGGCUGUGCAGGACUGAAGCCUACAGUGGCUGCAAUAGAAGCAGGGAAAGACAUAGCGUUAGCCAAUAAAGAGACCCUGAUUGCUGGAGGUCCUUUCGUUCUUCCUCUUGCUCACAAGCAUAAUGUGAAAAUUCUUCCUGCUGAUUCAGAACAUUCUGCGAUUUUUCAGUGUAUCCAAGGCUUGCCAGAGGGUGCACUUCGGCGUAUCAUUUUGACAGCGUCUGGUGGGUCUUUCAGGGAUUGGCCUGUUGAGAAGUUGAAAGAAGUUAAAGUUGCUGAUGCUCUGAAGCAUCCAAACUGGAAUAUGGGAAAGAAGAUUACUGUUGAUUCUGCGACUCUUUUCAAUAAGGGUCUCGAAGUCAUUGAAGCUCAUUACUUGUUUGGAGCCGAAUAUGAUGAUAUCGAGAUUGUGAUUCAUCCGCAGUCCAUUAUACAUUCAAUGAUUGAAACACAGGAUUCAUCUGUUCUGGCACAACUGGGAUGGCCUGAUAUGCGCUUGCCAAUCCUCUACACCAUGUCAUGGCCAGAGAGAAUCUACUGCUCUGAAGUAACAUGGCCUCGUCUUGAUCUGUGCAAGCUAGGUUCAUUAACCUUUAAAGCUCCUGACAAUGUGAAAUACCCAUCCAUGGACCUUGCCUAUGCUGCUGGACGGGCCGGUGGCACCAUGACUGGAGUUCUUAGUGCGGCAAAUGAAAAGGCUGUGGAGAUGUUUAUCAGUGAAAAAAUCAGUUAUCUUGAUAUUUUCAAGAUUGUUGAGCUAACAUGUGCUAAGCAUCGGGCAGAACUAGUGGCCUCGCCUUCCCUCGAGGAAAUCAUACAUUACGAUUUAUGGGCACGAGAUUAUGCAGCCGAUUUGCAAAGCUCUGGAAGCUCAAUUCCUGUUUUUGCAUGAUCAACUUACCAACCGAUGCUAUGAUCGGAGAGUCAGUCAGUACGUUGAAUCUCCCAAGAUUUCACAAGCUUGUGGGCGGGGGGCGGGGGACUGAACGGAAAUGCGUUCCCCCCUUAAAUAGGUUCUAAAUGUAUGAAUACGUUAUCCCUCUGAAGAGAAGUCCUACUGUGGACGGUAAAAUUUCGAAAGACAGAAACAAGAUGAACUAUUGAAAACCCGAUCUGUAGUGAAAUUGUGCAUUGUUUGCCCUUUGA